AAAUUAUACCUAAAACUUGUUACAGGACCCUCUCCCAGUUUUGUCACUGUGCUACACGGUUACACCGACUCAAGAACGUUUAAAAAGGGCUUCAUUGUUUCGUCGCUCUUUUGCGUCGCUCUUCUCUGAUCGUGUUCGAUUCAUCAACCAGAGGGAAAAAAAAUGAGGGCUUCGGUGAAGCGUCCCCCAACACCAGACGCAGAGGAAGAACAAGAUCAAGAGCCCACUCUCCAAGAAAUCAUCAACGUCAAGUUCAUUGAGAGUGGAGAAAAAGAAAGAUUGAAGGAGCUUUUAAGGGAAAGGCUAAUUGAAUGUGGCUGGAGGGAUGAAAUGAAAGAUCUUUGCAGGGCAUUAGUGAGGAAGAAAGGAAGGAACAAUGUCACUGUGGAUGACCUUAUUAAUGUCAUCACCCCUAAGGGCAGAGCUUCUGUUCCUGAUUCUGUAAAAGCCGAGCUGUUGCAGCGGAUUAGAUCUUUUCUUGCAUCGGCUUCUCUUUGAUUUCAUCAUGUAGCCGUUGGCAGUUAGCAGUCAACAGUCCUGGGACAUGUGUGUGCAAAAAUGCUUCUGCCAAGUGUGUCCGAGUUAGUCUGACUUAUCAAAAAAAAAGUGUGUCCGAGUUAGUCUGAUGUUUGUUUGGAGGAUGUUCUCGAAUGAAUACUUUUGACGGAAUGCAUUUCAGAACUGUUGGAAAAUGCAUGUUGCAUCUACAUAUGAUGGGAACAGUCAGUCUUCUUCGGUGACAAAGAAAGCAAGAUUUGGCAUGUUAAGGUUUAUUAUCAACUUUGUUGACCUACAUGGCUUUGAGACUUCAAUUAUGGCAGAGAAGUGUUAUUCUGAAUUUACUAUUUUUAGUUUGUAAAUAAAUCAUGAUAGACAUACUGGUUGAUCUGUCUAGAUAUUCAAGGAAUUGGAUAUAGAAGUUGUUGGCAAGGUUUUUGUUAAAAUGCUAGUGAGAGUGGCAUGAGCAAUGAACUUUGGUGAUUUAUUUUGGUGGUAUGAGGAAUGAACUUGGGUUA